AUGACCCUGAACAGAAUCUGGAAGCUUGAUGACGGUAUGCUGCCUGUGACGGCAUGCUCUCUGAAACAAAGAGAACUAGCAAUUUUGAAGGAGCUGAAGGCCGCUAACGCCGUGCGCUGUCCUCGACUUGUCGAUAGUGGUAGAGUAUGUGAUAGAUCGUACAUUGUGAUGACCCUACUUGACAGAAAUCUGGAAAAACUCAGAGAAAAUCUAAGAGGUUGUAUACGGCACACGUCUGUCUACCACUUAGCAGCAGAAGCACUCUCAGCGAUAGAGGAACUUCACGCUCUGAAUUACGUUCAUCGAGAUAUAAAACCCACCAAUUUUUGUAUCGGCCUCGCAGCGUCAGCCGUCCGACUUUAUCUGAUCGAUUUUGGUGAAGCUGUCAAAAAUGGGAGGAACAUAAGGUACGCAGUGCCGGACGCAUACUCGCUUCCGUACAUGGCGAUUGACGCGCAUCAACGCGUAGCAGCUAAGCCGAAGAUGGAUCUGGAAUCAUGGUUCUACACAUUUUCAGACAUGCUUUAUCCGCAGCUCUUGACGUGGAAGCAGAGUCACAAUGAGGUCGAAAUUCAAGAAGCUAAAACAAAAUUUUGGAAUAGUGAGUUUGACAACCGACGUUAUUCUGUGCCCUGGGAAGGCGAGUGGAAGAGGGAUUUUCUGGUGGGACCAACCCACAGCAGUGUUUGA